AUGUCUUCUUCGGAUCAAGAUGAAGGUGAAAUGAAGAGAUUUGCUAAUUGGAUACUUGAUGUUGGAAAUAGAAAUAUUGACUCUGUUGUUCGUGAUGAAUCAGAAAUUAAAAUUCUAGAUGAUUUAUUAAUUAUAACUACUGAUGACACUCUCUCUCAUUUGGUAGACUUUGCAUAUCCAAAUUUGUUGCAAAACAUGUCAGAUUACAGGUAUUUUCAGAGUAGCGCAAUUCUUGCACUAACGCUUGAGAGUGUCGAGAAGGUAAAUGAUUUUGUCUUGACAAUCUUUCCAAGGAUAGAAAAGGAGUAUUUGAGUUCUGACACAACAUGUCAAGCUGAUGAGAAUGAAGAUGUACAACAAGAGUGGUUCACACCAGAGUUCCUAAAGGAUAUCAAAUAUUCGGGACUACCCAAUCACAAGUUGACUUUGAAGCCAGGAGUCGCUGUAAUACUACUGUAA